UUAUCCCUAGGUAUACUUAACCGCGAUCGCGUGUAUCCUCGUACUUCUCUUCUUCUUGUAGGUGCACAUGCCGUUUGCCGAGUAUCAAUGCAAAAGAAAUAUAUUUCGAUGUACCCGACAGUCAAGCGCGAUAGCCGCCAUCUUGAUGCAGUCGUAUAGAUACGCAGUUAGAAAUAUCCAAUGUCCACGAGUUGCAAUUGCAACUUCAUUGCUACCAUCGGCAGAAAGUCACGUACCGGGAAACACGUUUAUUCGUUGUACUUUACCCCUGAACUUGAAGUUGCGUGUUCCCUUUGGGAAUUCAAAUAUAUUUCUAGACUUCUAGACAUAGAUUGGAGACUGGUGGUGCAAACUGUACGCGUGGUAGUCCGUGCAGAGUAAUGGCCUUCCUUUCUGCACGAUUUGUAACGUAGGCAAUGAAUCUGGCGAAAAGUGCAUUUGGAGGAAAUGCACCGUGAAAUCAAUUGUUUUUCCUAGAUAGAGUGUUCCUUGCACGAAAAUUUCAUUGCAGUUUAUUGGGACUUCACGAAGAGACAUGUAACAUGGUUACCUCACGGCAGGCAGUCCUGUGGCUGGAUAGAAUGCACUAGGUAAAGUUCUGUCACCACCAAUUCUCUGGAGAAUUGCAGGAGGAUGACUUGAUGCAAUCAGUGAAAUUGUACAGUAUUCUUGGGUAAUACUGAGUCAAGUCUGGCGGCUUGAUAAUAAGAAUUAAUGGAAUGCCAUUAGGCGUGCGGUUUUCAGGAGAGUUGAUGAAAAGUGAAAAACUGGUAUAAAAGCAACGUCAACAUGGUGGCCCUACGUUAUACACGAGGAUAUUAUGCAGCCAUUGCAAUGGUUGGAGGCGCUAAUAUUGAUCAACUGUGCCACUGGACUUUCGUUACGUGUCGUGAGGCAGGCUGGAUACUUUUACGACAAGCCAAAGGUUGCCUUUUCAUUGCCAGCUCCAAAGCGACAGGAAAAUGUGAUUGUGACGUCACCUAAUUACGCAGCUUCAGCUUAUGCUAGUUCUGCAUCUACCGGUACAGCUGCGUCCUCUGCGGCGACUGGUUAUCCCAGUUAUAAUUCCCGUUCACAAUCAGCACCUCCUGCUGGAACUUAUCCCAAUUAUAAUUAUCCUGCUCCCAGUUAUAAUUAUCCAGCACCAGCUCCGCCACCUCCAUCAUCUUCACCACCACCGCAGCCGCCAUUACAAGGAGGAUAUCCUAGCUAUAGCUAUUCUGCUCCUACUCCAACGCCUGCCCCACAACCUCCACCACAAGUCAGUUAUCCCAGUUAUAACUAUCCCGUACCCCAACCCCUCCAGCCACAACCACCACCGGUUAGUUAUCCUAGUUAUAAUUAUCCAGCACCAGCCCCGCCACCACGGCCACCUCCACCACCGCCACCUCCAUCACCUCGACCUCCAUCACCUCCACCACCACCGCAGCCUCCACCAUUACAAAGAGGAUAUCCUACCUAUAGCUAUUCUACUUCUACUCCAACACCUACUCCACAAGUCAGUUAUCCUAGUUAUAAUUAUCCCGCACCUCAACUGCCGCAAUCUCAGCCACCAUCAGUUCGUUAUCCUAGUUAUAAUUAUCCAGCACCAGCUCCGCCACCACCGCCACCUCCAUCGCCUCCACCACUACCGCAGCCGCCGCCAUCACAAGGAGGAUAUCCUACCUAUACCUAUUCUACUCCUACUCCAACACCUACUCCACAAGUCAGUUAUCCUAGUUAUAAUUAUCCUGCACCUCAACCGCCGCAACCACAGCCACCACCGGUUCGUUAUCCUAGUUAUAAUUAUCCUGCACCUACAAGAACACGCCUACCGCCGCAACCGUCACCAUCGACGACGCCGGAAUCACUGUAUUUACCUCCGUCACCAUCCACACCGCUUCCUCCUCCACCACCUCCUUCUCCACCUCCACCACCUCCUCCUCCUCCUCCGCCACCACCG